CAGAAAUUGAUUGGAGAGCAUACAUGGAGCAGAUUGAAAUCUACCUUAAAGGAGAAAGAGACUAUAAGAACAUCGUGGGAUCCACGGGUCCUCUUGUCUAUCCUGCCGCACAUGUCUUCAUUUACCGAAUCUUGUACAGCCUCACGGAUCAGGGGCGCGACAUCCAUACUGCCCAAUACAUUUUCGGGCUCCUUUAUCUGCUCACCUUAGCAAUUGUUAUGCAAUGUUAUCGAGCCGCAAAGGUUCCCACAUAUGUCUUUCCACUGCUUAUACUGUCAAAGCGGCUGCAUAGCAUCUUCAUGCUACGCUGCUUCAAUGACUGUUUUGCUGUCCUGUUUCUGUUUUCGGCAAUCUACUUCUAUCAGAAGAAUAGUUGGCAUCUGGGCACGUUCCUCUACACCACAGGCCUCAAUGUAAAAAUGAGCUUGUUGCUGCCUUUGCCUGCUAUUGGCAUACUUGCUGUACAAGCCUUGGGUUUCAGAGAAGCGAUCACCCAGGCCAUGAUCAUUUUCCAAGUCUCGAUCGGGUAUGGCUAUCCCUUUCGCAAAAGGGCGCCAUCAUACUUUUCUCGCGCUUUCGAGCUGACCAGGGAAUUCCUCUACAAGUGGACGGUCAAUUGGAGAUUCGUUGAUGAGUCCACCUUCCUCUCGAAACCUUUCGCAAUCGGCCUCUUGGCGGCCCAUGCAGGACUUCUGAUUUGGUUCGCAACGACAAGAUGGAUCAAGCCCUCUGGGCGGUCACCCCGCCAGUUCCUCCAGCUGCUGCGCAGUAAUGAACCCCGGGAUCAAGACGACAUUGCCAGACGGGUGAACCCGGAUUUGAUAAUGACGACUUUGUUAACGGCUACAGCUAUCGGCAUGCUGUGCGCAAGAUCGCUCCAUUACCAGUUCUAUGCUUAUAUUGCUUGGACCACCCCUUUCCUACUCUGGAAGGCCGGUUUCCACCCUAUCAUCCAGUAUGCCCUAUGGGCGGCCCAGGAGUGGGCAUGGAAUGUGUAUCCGAGUACUCCUGCGAGCUCAGCGACAGUGGUCGCAGUCCUGGCUAUCACGGUUUUCGGUUCAUGGUGGGGGACGCGGGGCGAGUUCGCGGACGUUGUUGACGGCACCGAGGUCCACGAACACGCUGAUUGAUAACCCUUCAAUCCUCGUCCGAGUCUGUCGGCGGCAGCUUUCCAACUGUUGACUCCUCGUCAUCGCUAUCUUCAGGGUACGUCGAUUUCUUUGCGAACUCUUUCGGCCAAUAUCUCAUUUUCCUCCAUUCCUUCUCGUCCCGUACAAUAUUCACAAUCUCUCCAUCGAGUUUAUUCCGUCUCUCUGCCAGUGCCGUCGUAUCGACGACAACGUAGCUUCCUCGCUUUAUCCAUAUCGUCGAUCGAAACUUUUCCGCAAGCUCGACGAGCACAGGCUUUCCUCCAGGCAGUUCCGCCUUGUACAGAU